AUGGUUGCCCCCCAUGGUGUGACGGGUGUGCUGGGCGAAGAUGGCAUUCACGUUGACAUGCAGCACCUGAAGAGUGGAGAAGUGAACCUGGGUACCUCGAUUAUGGCGAUCAAUUUCAAAGACGGUGUCAUUCUCGGUGCCGACAGCCGCACAACCACCGGUGCCUAUAUUGCCAACCGCGUCACCGACAAAUUGACACAGGUGCAUGAUACCAUCUGGUGCUGCCGCUCGGGCUCCGCAGCUGACACUCAGGCUGUCGCGGAUAUUGUCUCCUAUCACCUCAAUAUGUACGGUGUAGUCAAUAACGAGGCCCCCAGCACGCAAGUGGCGGCGUCUCUCUUCCAGGAAUUGUGCUAUGAGAACAAGGACCAACUCAGUCCUUCCUUCUUCUAUGGCAUCCCCCAUGUGGAUAAGGACGAUGUGUCGGAGGUGAAGGGGGUUGCAACAAGCAAUCGAGAGAACGGGCAGAGAGAGCGGUGUGCUAACUGUCUGUCUCACCCUAGUGCGGGCAUCAUUAUCGCAGGAUACGACCCCCGACAUGGCGGGCAGGUCUACUCGAUACCGCUGGGUGGAUCACUACACAAGCAGUCGUUCGCGAUAGGUGGAUCGGGCUCGACCUACAUCUACGGCUACACCGAUGCCCACUGGCGGGAACAGAUGACGGAGGAGGAAGGAAUUGACUUCGUCCGCAGUGCGCUGCAGGAGGCGAUCAAGUGGGAUGGCAGCUCGGGCGGUGUCAUACGCAUGGUGGUGCUGACCAAGAAGGGCGCCGUGCGGCAUCUGUAUCUACCCGAUACCAACUACACGGGGCCUGGCGUGACCCAUUAA